GUGCAGGGCCGCUUCCUGCGCACGGGGAGCGUGGUCCGGGCUGGGUCGUAGCGCGCCUCGCGUUCCGUGCGGUCGCUGGGGGAGACGCGGUCGCGAGUGGGAGGGACAGUCCGCACCAGACAGGUGGAAGAGGACGGGAUUUAGGCUGGAAGAGCCUUAGAGGAGCCGUUUCCAGGAUGGCUGGUUUGGUGUUGUGUGAACCGACAGAACUUUACAACAUCCUGAAUCAGGUCAUGAAACUAUCCCGACUGACUGAACCCAACUAUCUCUGCUUAUUGGACGUGCGUUCCAAACGGGAGUAUGAUGAAAGCCACGUGAUCACAGCCCAUCGAGUGAAGAAGAGGGCGAACGAGUAUCUCAUCCCGGAGUCCGUGGAUCUGGAGUGCGUGAGACACUGUGUGGUGUACGACAACAACACCAGCACGCUGGAGAUCAUCUUUAGAAGGGAGACCGAGGAGGAGGAGCUGGAGAUCUCGGACAAGAGCAGACGAGAACUGGUGCCCGGAGCCGCCGUGGAGUGUGGCAGAGCGCUGGCCGCCCUCACCCGUCACCCCGUGUGCAUCCUGAGGGGGGGUUACGAGCGCUUCUCGGCCACGUACCACUUCCUCCGGACGCAGAAGAUCAUCUGGAUGCCGCAGGAACUGGAUGCCUUUCAGCCCUACCCUGCUGAAAUAAUUCCAGGCAAGCUCUACCUGGGCAAUUUCAGGCAAGCCUGCGACCCGAAAAUUCAGAAGGAUUUGAAAAUCAAAGCACAUGUCAAUGUCUCCAUGGAGACAGGGCCAUUUUUCGUGGACGACAGUGACAAACUUCUGCACAUCAAGAUAGAAGAUUCCCCAGAAGCCAACAUUUCCCCCUUUUUACGGCACCUCUGCCACUUCCUUGAAAUUCACCUCCAGCUUGGCUCGGUCAUCCUGGUCUUUUCCACCCUGGGCAUCAACCGUGGCUGUGUGGCCGUCUUGGCCUUCCUCAUGCACUGGAACGAGCAGACCUUGAAGAAGUCCUGGGCCCAUGUCAAGAAGUGCAAAAACAACGUGCAUCCCAGCCAGGGCUUGGUGGCUCAGCUGUCCGAGUGGGAGAAGGUCAUCCUUGGAGACUCCGUCACAGACAUCUUGGAUCCGCUCUGCUGAUCUUCUCUGUGGUCCAGCUCCGGGUCCGGAGGGCUUCCCGGGGGUAGUGGGCCAGGCCGUGUAACCAGGUUGGUGUGGAAAGAGAAGGCCUUUGCCGCCUGGA